AUGUUCGAAUGCUGAAGCAUUCACUUGCUGUCUAUGGUAUCACUGUUGCUUCUGCCGAUAUUGAGAUGUGUUUGAAAGUAAUUCAAGAAUGGAAUCCUUGGUUUCCAGAUGAGGGUACUUUAGACAUGGAUAGUUGGCGGCGGGUUCGACAUAAUGUCGAAAAGGCAAUGAGACAGGGAGAAAAAAUUCCCGUGCGGUUUUGGUCCAUUUGGUCAAUUAUAUUUACGGUGCUUAAAGCAAUGGAGGAUGACCGCACGGUUGAGAACUUCCAUAAGGAAAUGGCUCCAUCUAUACAGGACCUUCCUCUUGAUACAGAUGAGAAAAAGGCGUAGAGAAAGAUACUUUUGAGCUCGCACCGUCUCGUGAGCCUAGCGAAUGUGGUGACGACGAACCAAAACCGAAAGCAAAGUCGGAUCCCGAGACGGAGCAUUUAUGGAAGGUUUUUCAGCGGGUUAUGGCUAUGGCGGAGGGAUCUAAGAAAUCCUCUAAAAAGCCCUCCGCUCCGCCUCUGCCGUCCGCACCAGUUCUCUCUCCCAAAAAUCCUUUCCUUUCUGCUGCUUUAGCUGAGCUUGAUGCGCUAGGGGAUAGCGAUGAUGAAAGUGAGGCUGGUAAUUCUGUCUUUGCUUUUCCUGUCAUUAGGCCUCCCCCGGUCCAGGGAGUGGCACAGGCACCAUAUUAUGAAGGUAUCGGAAUAGAGGACAUUGGUCGCUUGAAAAAGGCAGUGUCUCUAUAUGGACCACAGUCGCAUUAUGUUAAGGAGCUAGUUAAUGGCUUAGCUCGACAUUAUAAUAACUUCUCUCCUGAAGAUUGGAGGGUCCUUUGUAGAGCCCUUCUGAAAGAGCCUAAGUAUCUGCAGUGGCAGAUGUGGUUUUCUGAGCUUUGUAUGGAUCGCACUCGUCAGAACGCUCUAAAUCCCAAUCCUCGGAUACAGGCCAUAACUUACCAAAUGUUGGCAGGUAUAGGUCAAUAUUCUGAUAUUGCUGCUCAGGUUAAUACCCCUGAAGAAAUUCAUGAGCAAUUACGGGAGAUAGGUUUAGAGGCUUGGGAACGUAUCCGGCCAACAGGGGAGCACUAUGGAUCACGGACUAAAGUUAUUCAGAAGACUAAUGAGCCUUAUGUUGAGUUCUUAUCACGAUUAAAACUAACCUUAGAAAGAACUGUUAUUGGAGAGGAAGCUAGACAACAACUGUUGAAGUUGCUAGCAUAUGAGAAUGCUAACGAGGAUUGUAAGAGAGUUAUAUUACCCAUUAAGGAUACAGGAGACAUUAAUACCUUCAUGAAGGCCUGUAAGGAUGUAACCUCAGAAAGUCGAAAGAUGCAGUUGUUUGCUGAAACCAUGGCCACUACUUGGCAUUCCUUACAAUCUAAGCAGUUAGAUAACAUGAAAUGUUUUGGUUGUGGUCAAUUAGGACACCUAAAAAGAAAUUGUAGAGGAAAAAAUCAAAUCUGCUUUCUUGACUCGGAUUGAUCCCUCAUUACCUUUAAAAUUAUACAUCCUCAACACAUGGCAAUAUCCCACGGCUAUACUAGGUCAAAAUGAGUUGCCCAUUGAAUG